UGUUUUGGUGAUGGGGGCAUAUGUCGUGUUGAUGUGGCGGUGAUGCUAUUUAGAGACACAAGUUACUCCGAAAAUGGAUAAAACAGUCGUGAAAGACGCAUUUAAAUUGAUCGUGAUUUGUUUAUUGUGGUACACCACCAGUUCAGGUGGAAAUAUUGUAGGGAAGCUUGUACUGAAUGAGUUUCCCUACCCAAUGACAGUGACGAUGGUUCAGCUAUUGUCGGGAGCUUUGUAUUUAAAACCGAUCAUAAGCAUGAUGUCUGUUCCUGAAACUGGUACCGUGCCACGCUAUUACUAUUGGACUAUGAUAUUACCUCUGGCACUGGGAAAAUUUCUAGCGUCCGUUUCUUCACAUAUCAGUAUUUGGAAAGUUUCCGUGUCCUAUGCUCAUACAGUUAAAGCCACUCUGCCAUUUUUCACAGUUUUAUUAUCAAGAAUUAUCCUUGGAGAAAAACAAACUUUUCCUGUAUAUCUAUCCCUAGUUCCUAUCAUUGGUGGAGUUAUAAUAGCCACUCUAACCGAACUCUCAUUUGAUUACAUCGGCCUGAUUAGUGCUCUUUGUGCAACAAUUGGAUUCUCUCUACAGACCAUAUUUUCUAAAAAGUGUUUAAAGGAGACGGGAUUACACCAUCUAUACUUAUAUGUGACAAUAUGUCGCCUGGCUGCCAUCUGCUUCUUCCCAAUGUGGGCUCUCUUUGAUCUCAGAAGAAUCUAUGCUCACCAUGAUUUGUUAAAUGAAGGAAGGAUAGGAUACUGUGUACUUCUCCUCCUGGUGGACGGAUUCUUCAGCAUGCUGCAGAAUGUGUUUGCCUUCACUGUCAUCGCUAUGGUGGCACCCCUUAGUUACGCUGUGGCCAAUGCUACAAAACGGAUAGUAAUAAUUGGGGCCUCCCUGUUCUUCCUUCGUAACCCAGUCACACCCAUGAACCUACUGGGAAUGGCCAUCGCUGUAUUUGGUGUUCUCACUUACAACAAGGUGAAGUAUGACCAGAAUGUGGCGAUGCGUCAUGCUGCGACACUACCAUUGGUAAAAAGUGCAUCCAACUUGGAAGAGAUGGACAAGAAUCAUGUAUUGUUAUCUCUACAUCACUCUCAAAGUGCCUCAGAUCUAGAACUACACUCUAAUGGUGUCAAUACAAACUUACUACACAACCAUAUACUAUUUAAUAAUAACCAUUUCCAGUCCAAUCAUGUGACUUUAAUACCAGUACAGUCCAAUGAAAACUUAGGAGACCGAGAGUGGCAGCCAAAUAGAGAUAAUAGCAAUGUACAUUCCAGGAUGGUCUACCAUGUGUGAGGACUGUGUCAACUUUAAACACAAGGUUCCUUCGUUUGUGAUGUAUCUUUAUAUACAUGUUAUUUUUAAUCAUAAAUGAGAUUUUAGAAUGUCUCUUUGAAUUAAAAAAAUGUUUUACACAGAAAAAAAUAUAUAUAUUUGAUCUAUUUUUAC